AUGGGAGGAAUGACACCAGCAGUGAACCAGCUCGCCCUCAUCAAGAGGGUCUGGGAACGAAUCGCCCCGUUGCAGCUUGCAGAGCGGGCUUGGGAUAAUGUUCAUACUGACAGGCUCAAAGAGGCGCCUUAUCCCAACUCUGCCAACCGACAGGUGCUCCUGACCAUCGACCUCACAGCCUCGGUCUGCGCAGAAGCUCUUGCUUUGCCUUCUCUCUCUGUGAUCAUCGCCUACCACCCUCCAAUAUUCCGUGGGCUCAAGUCGGUCACAUUGUCCGACCCCAUCCAGGCUUCGCUGCUCAAGCUCCUCCAACCCUUCCUCCCCCUCUCUUCCUCUCAUCGUGCCAUCACACCCACAGCAUCUCCUCCUGAAGGCUUUGAAGGCGCCGGCAUGGGCGGCUAUGCCGAGCUCUCUUCUCCACUCGACGUCCGCGAGGCCGUCAGGAUGGUCAAAUCUCACCUGGGUCUCAAAUACGUCCAGCUCGCGGAACCGGCGGUCGUCCAGCCCGUGACCAGCCUGGCUGUUUGCGCUGGGUCGGGUGGAAGUGUGUUUAAAGGCGUUGAUGCAAAGCUCCUUAUUACCGGGGAGAUGUCUCAUCACGAGGUACUUGCAUAUGUGGCUUCCGGUACAUCCGUCAUCCUCACCAACCAUACCAACACGGAGCGAGGAUACCUUUCUGCCGUGCUCAAACCCUGGCUUCAAGACGAGCUGGACAAGGAGGCUGCCAGUGACGAGGAUGCCAGCAGUGGCGCGAAAUGGGAAGUGCUGGUCAGCAAGGCUGAUGCCGACCCUCUUCGUGUAGUCUAG